GUAUUUGUCUUUGUGAAUACACGUACACUCGGUUUGAGGGGAAUCGCUUGGCUACGCGCUCGGCAGACGCGCUAGCUGACUAAAAACAGAAGAACGAACUAUUUGGACUUAUUUUCAAAUGGACUGAACGAGAGCUGCAAGAGACCAUAUAGCUCUUUUCAUAAGGGCCAUGGCACAGCAGCCCAACCCAUCUGAGCUCUCGUGGUGUAUAGAGUCUCCUGGGACCCUUUUAACAUCGGAGUACGACUCCAGAUUGGAGGAUGGAGAUGACGUCUGCAGUAAUCAUGGCAAUAGCAGCCCAGCUCUGUCUCCAAAUCCAGAGGGAGAGGAAACCACCACCAUCUUUGUGGCUUUUAAGGGAAACCUGAAUGACUCUGACUUUCAGCAGAAGCUUGACACCAUCUUGAAUGGGAUGCCCCCGAUGCUUUCAUUGGGUCCUGAGAGGCUGGCACCCAAGCGAGUGGAACCAUGGAACAGCGUGAGGGUCACCUUCAGCAUCCCCAGAGAAGCUGCCGAGCGACUCCGCCUCUUAGCUCAAAAUAACCAGCAGCAGCUCCGGGACCUGGGAAUCCUCUCAGUGCAGAUAGAAGGUGAAGGACCCAUUAAUGUUGCAAUUGGGCAGAACAGAGGUCAAGAAGUCAGGGUGAAUGGGCCCAUUGGGGCUCCUGGCCAGAGAAUGGAUGUGGGCUUCCCCAUGCAACAAGGACCUGGUGGAAUGCGGAUGAACAACCCCCAAAUGGUGCCGCCUGGACCUGCCAUAGCUGCACAGGGUAUGGGGCCAGGCAAUAGUGGACAGAUGCACCCAAGAAUGCUAAGGCCACCCACACAGACGGACUCAAUGGAUCCCAUGCUGUCAGGCCUAGCUUUGCAGCAGCAACAGCUCCAGCAUUCACAGGCACCCCAUGGACCCCCCUCAAUAGGCCCGCAAGGUCAUCACAUGCAGGGCAUGCAAGCAAACCGGCAGCUCACUCCAGCAGCCUUGCAGCAACUUCAGCAGCACCAGCAACAACAGGCUCAGCUAGCCCAACUAGGUGGUGCUCGUGGUCCCUUCAACCCUGCUAACCAGAUGCCUGGCCCUGCUGGCUGGAACCCUGGUGUCCAGCCAUCAUCUGCUCAGGGCCCAAUGGCUCCAAAUUGGAGAAAAGGUUCUCCACAGGCUCAAAUGGGGCAGCGUCCUCCCUCCUUGGCUUCUGUACAGACACCAAAUCAUCCACCACCUCCAUAUCCUUAUGGCAGCCAGCAGGCGGGGCAGGUUUUCAAUACCAUGACUCAGCAACAAUUACAGCAACAGCAGCAGCCAGCAGGGGCAAAUCAAUUUGCAGCCCCUCAACCCAAAGGUCCACAGGGAGUGGCUGGAGUGGUUGGGCCAAGGCCACCUCCUCCUCUGCCUCCUGUGUCUGCUGCACAGAGCAGCCUGGCUGCCAAGUCCCCUGGAUCCUCAUCUUCACCAUUCCAGCAAGGCUCACCUGGUACACCCCCCAUGAUGGGACAGGGCCAAGGUCAGCUAGGUCCACGUCCCACAACUCCACAGGGAUUCCCACAGGGAGUUGGAUCCCCAGGCAGGGCUGUGCUGGGCCAGCAGGGAAAUGUUCAGCCGGGCUUUAUAGGCAUGCAGCAGCAUGUGCAGGUUCCCCAAGGAGGGAUGGGAGGUAUGGCAAAACGAAUGCCGAUGGGGUUCCCAAAUGUUCCUGUGAAUCAGAACUUUGCACAAGGAGUUACAGCUAGUGGAGCAGGAACCCCCACAGGCAGCACGCCUCAGCUGCAGAACACUCAGAGCAUGGCACACCCAGGUGCUCAACCUCAAGUAUCAGCACCAAACCACAUGCAACCCAGUUCUCUUCAAACUGGUGGAAUUGGCCAUCACAGUGGAAUGGCGCCCCAGCCUCCUGCCACCUCAGGUGGCAGUAUGGGACAACCUCAGACAGGCUUAAAUACCCAAAUGAUGGCUAUUCAGUCCCAGCUUCAAACACAGCCUGUAGCCUCCUCUCAAAGUCAAAUGGUGCAAGGCCAAGCAGGGGGUCAGACUGUACUGUCCAGACCCAUGAAUCCAGGACAGCGAGGAAUGACCCCUCCUAAACAAAUGAUGCCUCCUCAGGGGCAAGGGAUGAUGCAGAACCAGGGCCAGCUUAGUGGGGGACAGGGGCACCAGGCAUUACUGCUGCAGCAGCAGCAACCACAACAACAACAACAGCAGCAGCAGCAUCAGCAACAGCAUCAGCAUCAGCAACAGCAUCAACAACAGCAGCAGCAGCAGGCAUCACAGCAGCAACAACAAAAUGCAAUGAUGGAACAGAUGGUAGCCAGCCAGAUGCAAGGUAACAAACAGGCCUUUGGACCAAAAGGCCAACCAGGAGUCAUGCCAGGUCAGAUGAUGCGAGGCCCAUCACCUAAUUUGGUACAAUUUCAGUCGCAGCAGCUGACCCCGCAACAACAGCAGCAGAUGGCUCAGCUACAACAACAGCAGCAAUUACAGCAACAGCAGUUGCAGCAGCAGCAACAGCAACAGCAGCUACAACUGCAACACCAACAGCCACAGCAACAGCUACAACAGCAGCAUUCGCAAAUGGCUCAACAGUCCCAACAGAUACCAAUUAAUGGUAAUCCCAACCAAGCAUUAGGCAUGCAUGGCCCUCACAUGCGACUACCAGGACAUCAUUUGGUACAACAACAGCUUCAACAACAGCAGCUUCAGCAGAAACAGCAGCAGCAGCAGCAGCAGCAACAUGUGAUGCAACAGUUACAGCAACAGCAGCAACAGCAGCAAGCUGGUCAGCAACAUCCACAUCAGCUGGGAGAUGGCAGUGGUAACACUGGAGACAUAAAUCAACAACAGAUGCUUCCUGACAUGCAAAUCCAGCAGCAGCAGGGCAUGAUGGGAGGACCUCAACAUAUGCAGGUGGGCAAUGGCCAUUUUCCUGGGCAUGGCAUGCCCUUUAAUCCUCAGUUUGGUGGCCAGAUGCCAAUGGGUGGACCCUGUGGGCAAGCUGGUGGUUUUCCAGUGAGUAAGGAUGUAACUCUGACUAGCCCAUUAUUAGUUAACCUUCUCCAGAGUGACAUUUCUGCCAGUCAGUUUGGGCAAGGUGGAAAACAGGGAGCAGGUGGGGUUGGUGUUAACCAGGCCAAACCUAAAAAGAAGAAACCACCUCGUAAGAAGAAACCCAAAGUAGAAGGACAGCAGUCUGUUGAAGGUCUUGGUGCCCUAGAUCAAGUUUCACAAGGAAUGGAUGAUGUAGAGUUACCAGGGCUAGGUAGUGAUCAAGGAGUUGGCAUGGAUUCUUCCAACUCAAAACUCCCUGAAUUCACUAACCGACCAGGAUUUUCUGGCCAAUCAGGAGAUCAAAGGGUAUUACAGCAAAUGCCAAUUCAGUUCAUGGCCCAACAGCAGCAACAGAUGCAGCAAAUGCAGCAGAAACAGUUACAGCAACAACAAAUGCAUCAACAGCAGCAGCAGCAACAACAACAAAUGCAGCAGCAGCAGCAACAAAUGCAACAGCAGCAGAUACAUAUGCAGGGCAUGCAGAUUCCUUCAAGCCAGGCUGGAACACCACAAGGUGCACAACAAGGACAAAUUCAUCCACAUCAGUUGCAGCUCCAGCAACAGCCACCACAACACCUGCAGCAGCAGCAGCAGCAGCAGCAACAGCAACAGCAACAGCCACAGCCACAGCAACAACAACCACCCCCACCAUCACAACAGCAGCAGCAACACAUGAUGAUGAUGCUUAAGAUGCAACAGGAACAAGCAAAAAAUCGACUCGCACUUCAACAAAGUGGCCACCCCCCAAGAGGUCUUGUCAAUCCCAGUGAUACUGCUCAGAGAAUGCCUGUGUCACAACAAGGCAGCAUGCCAGUAAUGAUUAAUCUGCAAGGACAUGGAGGUGUUCCGCCCUCUCCAGAUAAAGCCAGAGGGAUGCAACCCAUGGUGAACUCCCAGUUGGCUGGUACAGCAAGAAGGAUGCCCCACCCAGAUGUUGGCCCGGGAAACUCAGGAAUCCCACAAGAGGAAACAUCAGGUGUGCCUAACUUGCAGGACAGAGCAUCAAUUGAAAUGGCACCUCAAACAGGGAAUGGCACUCAGCAAAAUGUUGGCAGCCAAGGUCCUAAUACACACUUGUUGAAGUCUGGGCCUUCAUCGAUGCCUCAGCAACCAGGAGCAAGUCCCCAGCAACCACCUCAACAACUAACACAAAUGGCCAGCUCACAUAAUCUUCACUUUCCCAGUGCUCCUUCAACUUCCCAGAGUUCUCGCCCUAAGACACCAAACCGUGCCAGUCCUAGGCCAUAUCAUCAUCCACUAACUCCAACCAACCGUCCACCCAGCACAGAGCCUUCAGAGAUAAAUCUAUCUCCUGAGAGACUGAAUGCAUCAAUUGCUGGCCUUUUCCCCCCUAAGAUUAACAUCCCUCUGCCACCACGACAGCUCAAUCAAAAUCGAGGUUUUGAUCAGCAGGGUCUAAACCCAACCACACUGAAAGCAAUUGGUCAGGCUCCACCAAGUCUAACAUCUCUUACUAACAAUAAUACCUCUAGUGGCAAUAAUAAUGUCCAGCAGGGUUUUACAACGGGUGGUAGUACAGCAAAUACAGGUGGAAAGCAAGAAAAACAGCCUGGUGGGGGGCAGACAAAGCGAGCUAGUCCCAGUAAUAGUCGGCGAUCUAGUCCUGCCUCAAAUAGGAAAGCAGCCACUCCAAGCCCAGGAAGGCAGAAGGGCACUAAGAACUCUCUGACCUCGCCGCUACAUCAGCAACAAAUGGCAGUCUCCCAAACUGUAAUGGCCAGUUCUUCAGUGCUGUCAAGUACCACUGUAUCUAUGCCAUCAACUGGGACUCCAGAUUCUCAACAGAGUCUAAAUCCUCUACAAACUCUCCCUGGUAAUGCUGAUGUAAUGAAGGAUGGCCAGGUGCAGGCACAACAACCAGAGCAGCGUCAAACAGUCCAAGCACCAAGAGAUCCAUCUGCUCUUAGAAUGGCAAGUCCACGGGUGCCACCUCAGGAGCUGAAAAGUCAGGAGUCCAGUAAUGUACUUGACAGACCAUCUGAAGAGAUGCAUCAGCUGACAAACAUGCCACAACAAGAGCUUGGCUCUGUAGUUUCACCAGCUUUCAGAGAUGCCCCGACAUCCCUCAAUCAGUUAUUGGACAAUACAAGUCUUCCAUCCUUGUCCAUGAAACCACCCAAGAUCACUCAUCCAGCAGGUGGGGAUCUGGUGCAGAAAGAGAGCCCUCGACUUUCAGGAGAUCAAGAGAGUCAGCGUAAUCCCAAUAACCCACAGAACACUGAUAGUGGUCUUGCUUUGCCUGUUAGUGAACCUGAGCAGAAACCUAAGAUUGGUUCACUGCCCAGCCCAAAUUUGGUCCCAAAUAGCAGUACAAGCCUUCAGUCAUCCUGUGCCGUAUCAAGUAUCAGCCCAAACCCAGCUUUGCUUUCUAGCACCACUACAAAUGCAGGAUCACAUCCCAACCCUUCUGUGAGUCCAAACGCUAAAACUAUUGCAAGCAUGUCACAAACUGUCUUGCAUAGACCCACCUCAUCAGGACCCACUCCUCAAAAUCAGAUAACUGUCUUUGUAACAUCAAAUCCCAUUAGUUCUGCUGCUAGCACGGCAUCUGCAGGGCCCCCAGCUAUUGUUUCCACGGUCCUUGCAGUUCCCAGUAAGAAUGUAAGACCCCCAGAUGUGCGUCAGUCAGCUCCCACGCAGAACCGCACUCCACAGUUUAUUACACCCGUGUUCAUUAAUAAUAUAUUCCAAGUCCCUACUGCCUCUGUCUCUGUACCAUCAAGCACCAAUGUGGUGUCUCAGCCUGUCACUAUGGUUGGGCCCAUACAAGUGCCUGCAAAUAUUCAGCUUGCUCCUGCUUCUGUGUCAGCUGCAGCCUCUGCUUCAGCAUCUGCCUCUAUGGCAACGCAUUCCCCUGCUGUAAGCAUAGCAACAAGUCAGCCAGGCCGUACCAUGAUUCAACAGAUUCAAGUGCAAGUGUCUGCAAGUCAUGCUUCCCCUAUCAGUUCACUGCUUCCUCCUCAGCAGCCAAGCCCUGGAACUCUCAAGCAUGAGAGUAUCUCUGAUGCUCCUGCUUCAAAGUCAAGUCCUGUUGGACAACAGUCUCUCCAAACUAGUUCAUCUCCUCGCACAUCCCCAUCUUUUCAGCAGCCUCUGGCUUCUCCACCUGCUUGUUCUAGCCCAGGUACUACAUCUAUUGCUCGCAGAAGUCCCCUCUCACAGAUAACUGCUGUUGCCAAGAGCAGUCCACUCCAGUCUGCUUUGAGCAAGACUUCUGUCUCCCAAAGUGGUGACACUCAUCACAUGCAACAGCAAAGUACAACCCAGGCAGGAAAAAAUAUAGACAUUGCACCACCUCAGGUGUCUCACCGUGUGAUAACAACUGAAAUGCUUUCCUGCCCACAGCCUUCUCCUACAGUAGUCUCAGCUGCACCAGUAGCAUCUCAGCCAUUAGCACCAGUACCCACAGCUUCUCCCUCUGCACCAGUUCCUAUGGCAAUUUCCUCUUCUAGCCCUACACCCAACCCUCCUGCAGCUACCCCUAAUCCUACCAUGGUACCUCUGGCCAGUCCUUUUACUAGUUCCCCACCAACCACUACUGUGCCUGCAACAACACUUACUCCCCCUGCUUCUGUCCCAGGAACCUCUGUUCCUCCCACUGGCCCUUCAGUAGUGUCAUCACCACCGCUGCCAGCUGUUGAACAGCAGUCUACUACAGUAGCAGAGACGUGCUUGCCUGAUCCAACACAAAUUGGGGAGCCUGCUGCAGAUGCUCCAAGUCUCCCAGCUGCUAGACCAGUGGUUCCCAACCUGGUCCCCAGGACCCCCCACGCCACUGCCCCCUGGUCUUCCAACCAAAAUCGCAACACACAGAGAUGGAGGAAAACUGUGGGCCAUCUAGGGGGGCCUUUAAGACCAGCUCAGCCUGAAGUUGUGCAGGAAGAACAGCAUUUGAAUGACCAACCUGGAGAGGCAGCUCCUUCUGUGACGGAGCAGGGAUGGGCAAAGAAAAGAAAGACGCCCGUCGACUUAGUCCCAAGGGAUACAAGGGCCACAGCUGAAAAGGCAAAAGGCCCCAGCCGACGGAGCUCGAGGGCAGAGAAGGACACUGAGGAGGAAAUGUCUGAUAAUGGCCAGAGAAAGAGGGCAUCCAGGCCAGGGUCAGCUUCUUCCAACACAGGAAAGGCUACAGAAUCAAACACUGGAGCGAGUCCCACCCAGACGAAGCGAAGGAAGUCUAAGUGAUCAUGAAGCUUAACAUAGCUGUGAAUUGUACAUUUCGCUUUUCUUAUUUGACCUGUUUUAUCUGCUGUUUCUCCUGUUAAUCAUGUUGUGCGUGUGAUAACCGUGUACAGACGCUUUUAAAAAGAUAUUAAUUAUGUUUUUGUCCUCUGCUACUAAGUGAAAUCCUAUUUAGAACUGUGUGUGUGUGUACGUGUGUGUGUGCGUGCGUGCGUGUGUGUGUGUGCGUGCGUGUGUUUGUCAUGUUUUUAUUAUAUGCUGGAUUAAUCAUGAAGCCUGAUAAUAGAAUUAUCAUGUUGAUUGUAUAAUAAUGUUGCAGAAUUGGAUUAAAUUUUCUACUCCUCUUGUCCCUUUACAUGGAUCAGUAAUUGAGUGUGCACUUCUCAUUUCCCUGUUACUUGAGUAAAUUUUGUUUCAGUGUAA